AGUCAAAAUGAUUCCAAAAUUUGUCCAAAAACAAUUUUAAUGUUAGAUAUAUUUUUGGUAACUUUUUAAAACUUCCACGGAUGCAAUUGGCACUUCCACAUCUCACUCCGCAUUCCCUUUUCUGUUCUUCUCCUCAUCCUUCGAGGCUUCAACAAUGGCAACUAGCACUCCGACCCCGAUCUUCAUUUCCGCCGCCACACUCCGCCGCCACCUGACGCACGACUCCCUCAUCCGCCACCUCCACUCCACCCUCCCCGCCCAAAUCACAUCCCCAAUCCGCCACACUCACGACACGAGCCCCUCCUCCGCCCUCCUCCUCAUGCCGUCCUGGUCCCUCUCCCCCUCCCUCCCAUACGUCGGCGUAAAGCUGGCCACCGUCCAUCCCAACAACUCCGCCCUAAACUUUCCCGGAGUCCACGCGACUUACUCGCUCUUCAGCUCCCUCACCGGCCAAACCCUAGCCGCCAUGGACACCACCGACCUCACCCUCUACCGCACCGCCUGCAUCUCCGCCCUGGCUUCGAAAUUCCUGUCGAGAGAAAGCUCCGAGACGCUGGUGAUGGUCGGCGCCGGCGAAUUAGCCCCGCAUCUGAUCAGAGCACAUCUCACCGUGCGUCCUGGAUUGAAGAGGGUGAUAAUCUGGAACCGAACCCCAGUUAGGGCAAAAUCCCUAAUUGAGAAAUUGAAGAGUGAAAUCGGAUCCGAAGGCCCUAUUUUCGAGAGCAACACGGUUUUGGAGGAUGCGGUGGGGCUGGGAGACAUAGUGAGCUGCGCGACAAGUUCAGAGACUCCAUUGGUGAAGGGAAAGGAGAUGAAGGCGGGUGCGCAUUUGGAUCUGGUGGGAUCUUUCAAGCCUUCCAUGAAGGAAUGCGACGACGAGGCGAUUCGCAGGGGGAGAGUGUUUGUGGACUGUGAAGCAGCCAUGGAAGAGUCUGGGGAACUGGUUGGUGCUGUGGAGAGAGGGGUGAUUACCAGGGAGGGUAUAGCUGGGGAUUUGGUGGAUCUGAUAAAGGGGGAAAAGGUUGGGAGAAAGGGAGAAGAAGAGAUUACAGUGUUCAAAUCAGUUGGUUCUGCUGCUGUUGAUCUCCUUACUGCUCAGUUUGUGUAUGAGGCUUGCAUCAAAGAUCAAAGCUCCGGCUUCUUUCCCGACAAUCUUGAGUCUCACGAGUUGGCGAUGUGGUAUUACCAAGAAUUCGGGAAUCAUCCGCCGAUAAUCGAGACGCAACAAUCGGGGUACGUCGAGCGAGAUUCGGUUCCGGAGACUCAACCAGAAUCGACCGGGUCGAAAAAAAGUACACGCCGGAAAAGCCACAAAGCCAAAGGCACGAUGAUCGAGGCGGCACGGUCAAUCCAAAAGUGGACGUCGGAGGAGGAGUGCUUAUUGGCGUCGGCUUGGGUUGACGUCUCCGAGCAUCCUAUCAUUGGUUCGGAGCAAACGAAGGAUGCGAUGUGGGAUCGUAUCGAGGAGAAGUUCUUUACGGCGAUGAACAAGGACGGCUCCUACCGCACCCGGGACCAACUCACUUACAAAUGGAGCCACAUCAACCAUAAAGUCCGAAAGUUUAUCGGAGUUUACGAGGAAUCCUCCCGAUCCCGAAGGAGCGGGACGAACGACGCCAAUGUUCUCCGGCUUGCCACGGCCCAGUAUCAAGACGACGGGCACCAAGACAAGGUGCCCAUCGAUCUUUGGAGGAUUUUGAGCCGUUCCCCGAAGUGGCAACAAUUCAAUAAUCCCGACGGCAGAUCGUUCCGGAAAAGAUCCUCCGUCGACGCCGAGGUUGAGGUCGAUGAGACUAUCAGUUCGACCGAUCAAAUCCCUCCCUUCAACGUUGCGGAUUCUGAUGACGAGGACACCAUUCCACGGCCGAUCGGAAGAAAGAAGGCAAAAUACAUUGCCUCGGUUUCGGGAGGGUCCGGCUCUGUUUCCGUUUCUUCUCACGACGAAAUUGGCCGGGAAAUGGUUGAACAACUUCGGGCGUUCAAUCUCCGAGAACAAGAGAGGUUGAAGCUAAAGGAGAAGGAGUUGAAGCUAAAAGAGCAGGAAGUCGAGAUGAAAGUCAUGGAAACCGACCUUUCUACGUUGUCGGAGAUUGGACGAAUAAUCUACGAGCAAAGAAUAAGAGAGAUCAAGAAGAAAUAUAAUUUUCUUUAGUUUUUUUAUUUAUUAAUGUAUUUUUUUAUUGUCGUUUUUUUAUUUAAUGAAUGUAUUUUUUUUAU